UCGGCUUUGGGGCAGCGAGCAGAGGUGAAAGGCAUGGGCAAGGCCAUGUUCAAGGGUGCUGAUGGGAAGAUGGUGGGCCUCAAGAACGUGCUUUGGGUGCCCAACCUUGCAGCCAACCUGAUUUCUGUGCGGCGUUUGCAAAAGGCCGGCAUGGACACAUCUUCCAAGGGAUCCAAAACCUAUACCGCGCGGCUUGGUGAGCGGAAGCUUUGGGACCUUCAUGAGGACAGGGACAUCUACAAUGAAAUGUGGCAAAUCCCAGUGGUCCCCAUGCCUAAGGAGAGGCAAGUGGCAGCAAGCAUCAGCACCAAGAGUGAAGCGGUUGGUGGCGGUGAUCACGGAAAGCAAAGUGACACCAAGAGUGACUCGAACGAGUGCAAUCUUGGAGAGACCAGCAAGGCAUGUGAAUCCAAGGAGAGUGGUGCAGCAGCCAAAGGUGGUGGAAAUGAGGAGGAGAAUCAUAAGAUCAGCAAAGCAGCAGCGGCGAAGGAGAAAGGACAGAGCUUGUGGGGCACAAUUGCGAGUGCCGCUUUCUCCAACCCGACCUCCGCUACGGGAGAGUGUGAUUGGCUGACCUUGCAUCAGCUAAUGGGGCAUGUGGCAUUGCCCAUUUUGCAGCAGAUUGUUAAGCAAGAGAUGGUCAGUGGGAUACGUGUCAAGGGGGAGCCCAAUGAGGUGCUUGGCUGUCCAACAUGCAUGCAAGCCAAGUUCACCCGCUACCCGUUCCAUAGCUCGGAGACAACGGCGAAGGCACCACUUGAUGAGGUGGUGAUGGAUGUGGUGAGCCCCUUGAAGCUUGGAGCUGCUGGAGCUGAGUACUUCCUCACCAUUGUGGACGUCUACACUCGCAUGACUUGGGUAUAUGUGCUGCCCAAGAAGAGUGACGUGGCUGAAACGGUGAAGACCGAUUGGUUGCCGAUGGUGGAGCGGCAACAAGACCGGCUUGUGAAGGCGAUUCGCACUGACCGUGGGGGAGAGUUCCUGAGCAAGGACUUCUCACCUUGGCUGAAGAAGCAGGGCAUAAGGCACUCUCUUACCAUGCCCUACUCUCCUGCAAUGAACGGCAUUGCCGAGCGUGCGAAUCGGACACUCACGGAGACGGCUCGGGGACUUCUCAUUGAAGCCGGUCUACCCAAUUACUUUUGGCCGGAUGCGGUGCGGCAUGCUUGUGUGGCCAAGAACAGAGCCUUGACUCACGUGGGAGAAGACAAAUGGGUGCCCUAUGUGGAGUGGAUUGGAAGGAAGCCGAAGGUGGAUAUGCUUCGGGUGUUCGGGUGCAUGUGCAUGGCACUUGUGCCUAAGAAACUUCGGCACAACAAGCUUGAUGCCAAGGCAACAUGGGCCGUGCACUUGGGCAUGGCUCAAAACAGCAAGGGAUGGCUUCUUUGGGACCCAUUUACCAAGAAGUUCCUGGUGAGCAGAGAUUGCAAGUUCAUGGAGAACUUACCGUACAAGGAGUGGAAGGCGGAGAACCAAGCGAAGAUUGGUGUGCGGCUUGGAGAGGUGAAGAGUACCGGCUUGGAGCAUGUGGAGCUGCCCUUGGAGCUGAGUAGCAGCAGCACUAUCACAAGGCAAUCUCCUCAAAUGAAUGGGGGAGAAGAGGAGGAGGAGGUGCAGCAAGGUGAUGAGCGUACACCGUCACUUCCGCCUCGUGCUACAAGUGCUCGCGGGAACCGAGCAGAUUUGCAGCAACGCCAUGAGAGCAUCCAAGUCCCUGCAGUAGAAGAGGAAGGAAGGGGGAGAAGGAAGACUCAGCCCCCCAAUAGGUUGAGCUAUGAACGGCUUGGAGGAGCAGCCAACUCAACCUUGACCGGUUCGGCUCUCAUGCUAGGCGAUGAAGCGGAAGAUGAAAGCGAGGAGUGCGCUUUUGCCUUCUUCUCUCCGGUGGAGAUACCGGGAGAGCCUACAAAUCCCAAGGAGGCUUGGGAGGGCCCCAAUGGGAAGGAGUGGAAGAAGGCCUCAGAUGAAGAGAUGGGGAGCAUCAUCGAGAACGACACGUUUGACUUGGUGAACCUACCUCCGGGGCGUAAGGCGAUCUCUUCCAAGUGGCUCUUCAAGCGCAAGACGGACGCCGACGGCAACAUUGAGCACUACAAGAGCAGACUUGUAGCCAAGGGGUACCAGCAGCAGGAGAAGAAGGACUACAAUGAAGUAUAUGCUCCUGUGGUGAAGGGUACAACCCUUCGAACCCUCUUCGCCGCGGCGGCCAUCAAAGGAUGGGUGGUGAAGCAAAUGGAUAUCGUAACGGCCUUCCUCAACGGCGUUUUGGAGGAAGAGACCUACAUGGAGCAGCCAGAGGGGUACAAUGAUGGGAGUGGCAGAGUGUGGAAGUUGAAGAAAGCACUCUAUGGCCUCAAGCAAGCCCCUAGGCAAUGGUACAUCAAGCUGCGGGAAGUCUUGGAGGCGAUCGGUUUCACUCCCUCAACGGCCGAUCAAUCAUUGUUCAUGCUUGGCGAGGGGGAGCAGAGGAGCUUCAUGGUGGUUUAUGUGGAUGACAUCCUCAUAUUCUCACCCUCCUCUGACCUUGUGAAGGAGGUGAUGCUGAAGCUUCAAGACAAGUUCAAGUGCAAGACCCUUGGUGACGUCAACUACUACCUUGGUCUUCACAUUGAGCGAGAUGUGGAGAAGCGGUGGAUGCGAGUGCAUCAAAAGAAGUACUUGGAGGCCUUGGCUGCAAACUUUGGGAAGAGUGAAGGUCAUGUGGCUACUCCUCUACCCUCAGGGUUCAAGUGUGUGAAAGGACCAGCGGAGGAAAGUGUUGGUGAAGAGGAGAGGCGCCGUUUUCAUUCCUUGGUGGGCAGCCUCAUGUAUGCGGUCGUUCACACAAGGCCGGAUGCAGCCUUUGCUACCGGGCAGCUAGCUAGGGUUGUCCAAUGCCCUUAUGAAGAGCAGGUAGCAGCUGGAGAGAGGGUGGCCAAGUACCUUGGCCAAACAGCAACUGUUGGACUGCAAUACUCCGCGGCGGCACAAAGGCGUCAAAAGGGUGCGGAUGGAGUCGAACCCGGGAGGCUCUUUCUCACCGCCUUCUCUGAUGCAUCUUGGGCAUCAGAACCAGAGGACAUGACAAGUGUGGGAGGCUUCAUCUGCUGUGUUGGUGGAGGACCAACAGCUUGGGAGAGCAAGAAACAAGUGGACCAAGCAUUGAGCUCGGUGGAGUCCGAGUACAUGGCACUCUUCCGUGCCAUAAGAGAGGUUGUGUGGCAGCGGCGUUUGCUAGCUGAAUUGGGGGAGGAGCAGCAAGGACCUACCCCCCUCUACUGUGAUAGCCAGGGUGCUAUUGCAUUGGCUAAGAACCCCGUUCUUCAUGGCCUUACCAAGCACAUGAAGGUGAAGUGGCAUUGGGUGAGGAGCAUGGUAACCGCGGGUGAAGUGGAGUUGCACUACGUGAAGACGACGGCGCAGCCUGCUGAUAUGAUGACCAAGAGGCUGGUUGAGCAGCAGCAUUGGAAGUGUUGCAAGCUUGCUGGGAUGGCUCUGAACUAAGGGGAGCAGAUUCUAAGGCCAACAAUCCGAGGGGGAGUUUGUUGGUGCAACCCUAUGGCUUGCACUCGGCUUGUCGUCCGUGUUUGUGUGUGUGCAUGCAUGGCAUGGAAUGACUUGUGAGUCUAUGUCAUUGCUAUCUAGUGCUUGUGUGUGUGUUUGAAUGGUGUCUCACAAUGUGGUGUGUGUCGGUCAAGACAUUAGUGAGUUUUUACAACUCGCAUGUCAAGUCGUCGUUUGCGUGUCGCAUGUGUUUUUCUAUUUUGUCAAGUGUGAAGUGUCCAUCGUGUCGCAGGUGUGUGCAGCAAGCCCCCAUCAACUCAAGAAGAAUAUAUCUUGAAGAACCAAGACCAAGAGCUCAAGAUUUCAAGCCCAAGGGACGCGGAUAAAUAUUAAAUAGUGAAAAUAGUAACGCUACUUCGUGUAGUGUUACAUUUCAUUUGGUGUAGCCCCUUGGAGGGUUUGUUUUGAGACUCUUCGUGGUUGGGGACUCUGUGGUGGUGUACCACCAACCUGGACCUCGGCUCUAGGGGUAUGUAGAGGCUGGGAACCAUCUCCCUCUCCAAUUCUUCUUCCUAAGUUUUUGUACUCCUAAGACUAUAGUGGCUGCUGUACCUCCUGCCAGUCAAACCGCCAUAGCGUCGUCAAAUCUUCAUGGCAUUUUAUGAUUCAACUUGCUGCUGAUAGGCGACAUCAACGCGCUCCAGAUCCAAUUUACAGAUCACCGUUUGAGGCACACAUCAGAUCGGCAUCAAUAUUUGAAUCUGGCUGACGGAAUUCUGACUGUGCACAUUUUCUCUCAUUU